UGGAAAUAAAAAGAGUCUCAGGAAUUCUCAAUUGAAACGAGGCUGUGACGUCAUUCGUAGUAACAUAGGGAAGCCGAAUAGCGUGGAAAAUGGGAUUAUUAGAUUUAAUCAGGAAGCUUAAGUCAAACCAAGAAAAGGAACUACGAAUACUUUUGCUAGGUUUAGAUAAUGCUGGGAAAACUACACUUCUGAAAAAAUUAGCAUCAGAGGAUAUCAGCCAUAUUACACCAACUCAGGGUUUCAAUAUCAAAUCAGUUGUUAAUAAAGGUUACAAACUCAAUGUCUGGGACAUAGGAGGACAAAGAAAAAUCAGACCAUACUGGAAAAAUUACUUUGAAAAUACAGAUGUUCUUAUAUAUGUGAUAGAUAGUGCAGACCAAAAGAGAUUCGAGGAAACUGGUCUUGAACUGUCAGAAUUAUUAGAUGAACCAAAGCUACAGGGAGUCCCAUUGUUAGUUUAUGCCAAUAAACAGGACUUGCUACAGGCUGCACAGGCUUCAGAAAUAGCUCGGGGUUUAUCACUAGACACAAUAAGGGACAGGAAGUGGCAUGUCCAAGCAUGCUCAGCACAGACUGGAGAGGGAGUUCCGGAAGGCAUAGAGUGGAUGAGUCAGGCUAUAGGAAAGAAAAAAUAAAGUAAUUAGUGACCUAACUAUUUAACAGUGGACACAAAUGAUGUUGACAGAUGACGAUCAGUUUCCAAAGCUUAGAGGAUCUGACAAGGUGAAUGGAACCUAUAGGAAACUUGUGUCGUCAACCUCUCUUUAUUCAUAUAUUUCUUGUCUGUCUAUUUAUUCUGUAUAUAUUUACAGUUCUUCACUACUGACGUCAAAGUUCUGUAUGAGUUUUUUUCUCUCAAAGCAUUUAAAUAUAUGUCAGCAUACUACCACUUGGUAUUUUUUUUUAUUCUUGCAAGUGUAAUUAUCAGUUAUCUUCUGUGCAUAUUGAUUAUGUUUCUGAUAACAAGUAUAUGCACUUUUUUUUUUUUACCAAAUUAAUCUGUGUGACUGUGAAAGAGUAUUUGUCAGUAGAAAUUGUAAUAUCUUUUCAAUUCUGUCAGAUAUGAUAUUGUAUUAACACUGAAUGUGCAAAGACAUCAUAAAAAUUCAAGGUUUUGAAUUUUUAUAUACUUUGAAAUCCAGAAAAUUGAUUUUUUCUUUUCCUUAUGACAAUAUAUAUUCAUGUCAAUGUACUGUAAUGUGUACUUGUAAAAAUUCAUGAAUGUGCCACAGUUGGUCAUGUGUGAGAGAUGAUAUAGAUCGAAUAUGACAUAGUGACUUUUGGUCGAACAAGUGGUUUAGAAGAAUGAAAGUGAGAAAGAAAUACAAAACAUGUUCACAUAUCAUCUUCAGGCUUUAGUCUGUAUGUAUACAUCCUUAUAUGCAGGUUGUAAAUGUACCUAACAACUUUUUUCAGUGGUGCAUUUUUUUGGUGUAUCAUAUAGAACCCGUCCAUUUUUUUUUUCUGAGAUCUGUUCAUGUGAAAUGAUUAUUUGCAUUUUUGACAUAUUCAAGAAUUGGGGUUGUAUUAAGUACACAUAUUGAUGUAAUUUUUCAACAUUUGAAUGCUUAUUGUUUUCUUCAUAAUUUUACGACAAAAGAUUUAAGAAGUAUGGAAAGAAGUUAUAGCACAAUCUGCAAGAUAUAUAUGUCAAUAAAUGUUAUAGGAUACAUGUA